AUGGCUGUGUACCCAGCAGCUAUUGAAAAAUCAUGGUUACUCAAAAUCAAAAGUGAAGACUCUAUGGGGAAUCAAACAUGUUUCAUGGCUACGUUAUUGAAACCUCCAAAUGCUAAAAAGAAUAAGCUUGUGUCGUACCAAACUGCCGAGGAUUCUGCUUCAGUAGAUUGUGCUCCGCUGUAUGCCUUCAAGGCUGGAAGUAGUGAUGCAACGACUACUACUAGGAUUGAAAUUUUGCUUAUCAAUACGAUGCUUUCAAAGGGAUAUUAUGUCAUUACUCCCGACUAUGAAGGGUUAGAUGCAGCUUUUGCAGCUGCAAUCAGAGAAGGGAAACAUACCUUGGAUGGUGUGAGAGCCGCUUUAAAGUCCGGGAGCUUCUCAGGGCUUAGUAAUAGCCCUGAUACAGUUAUGUGGGGAUACAGUGGUGGAUCUAUUGCAACAGGAUGGGCUGCUGCUCAACAACCAGAAUAUGCACCUGAAUUAAAAACAGUUUUGCGUGGUGCAUGCAUGGGAGGAAUGGUCACCAAUUUGACCAGUUUGUUAAUGCAUCUUGAUGGUUCUAUUUAUGCUGGACUUAUGGUCUCAGGCUUAGGAGGGUUGAGUAGAGAGUAUCCCUCAAUUAAUGCGACUAUCCAUGAAAAAAUUAAACCUGACAUGAUAAAGCAAGCUUUUGGAAGUUAUGAUCAUUGUAUGGCUGCAUCCAUAAUUCAAUACUUUAAAGCUCCCGUAUUUGUGGGAGACAACCACUGGAUCAAGCACGAAGGAUAUGGUGUUCUUAAUGACCCUAGAGUUUCCAAAAUUAUGAACAACUUAACUUAUCAGAGUCACGAGAAUUAUCUUCCUCAGAUUCCAGUGUUUGUAUAUCAAGGAAUCAAGGAUGAUAUUAUCCCCAUCAACGGUACCGAAGUCCUAUAUAAAGAUUGGUGUGAUAAGGGUAUUAAAUCGUUUGAGUUUGCUGUAUCUGAAUCUACAGGCCAUAUCAAAGAAGCUGUUUUUGGAUCCCCAGCGGCUGUGAAAUGGGUUGAUAAAAUGAUCAAUGGCGGUAAAGCAAUUGACGGGUGCAAAAGAACUUUAAGGUAUUCUAAUUUUAAUUAUCCUUCUACCAAUGUUUCUGCUUUUGCUCAUGCUUAUGAUAGCUCCUUGCGGGCGAUGUUUAAUGCCAUAGAAGGCUUUGUUUUCUAA